UAGCUCCUAUAGCCACUACCACUACACAGCACACUGUCUUUACUUUCAUCAACGUUUAGACGAUUAUUAAACAUAUAAUGACGUCAGCAAAGCUACCAGCGAUCAGUGUUGUGGUUGCGGUGCUCUGCUGCACCGCUCAGCAGGCAGCCGCUCAGGCCUGGUUCAUCGGGACUUGUCCAGCACCCGCGCCCGUUCCCUACGACGCAGCGUUGAUCACGGGCGUGUGGUUCGAGGUUCGGCGCUACCACUUCGUGCUAGAGACCGCUGCUCGCUGCGCGUCGUGGACGUUAACAGAGACGGCGCCUGGCAUGAUCACUGUCAACACGGACAUAACUGAACCUCUCGGCAACAAGAAGACGAUGUUGUCGACUCUGGCGCAGGUAACCGGCUCUACUAACGCAGACUUCAACUUCAGGAUCGUCCAAUUGCCUGGUCUGAUUGCUGGAUUGUCCAAGACGCUGAACAUGAAGGUGCUUGCAGUGAACGCCGACUACAUGAUCUUGUGGAGCUGCUCGCCAGGCUUGCUGAAGAAUUCUCAGUUGCUGUGGGUGUUGACGCGCUCACAAGCACCGGCGGCCACCGUCAUCACAGGCGCUCUCAACAACGUCGACGCUCUGGGCCUCAAAACCAACUCUCUCAUCACAGUCAGCCCGACAUGCUGAGUGUCGCUUGUGGCAAUAAUUUUUAUGAGUGUCAAGUUGUUCAAACAAUUCUGCACACGCGACAAAAAUUUAACAGCUUCUUCUCCACAAAUUUGAAGCCACAAUUAUCUUUCAACUGACAAUAGCAGAGCGCACUAAAUAUCAUUGGGCAUUUUUAAUUACUAUCUUAUACAGUAAGAUGAGAAGUGAAACUUUUAAACUUCCUUCUGUCGGUAAAAGUCUUUAAUGUCUAACUCAACAUUCACAAAUAAUUAUCGAAGUUUGUUUAUUUCCAUCGAAAUCGUUUAUCACAUCGCAGCAAAGAAGUUUCAAAAUUAAAAGUCUCCCUUUUUAUACUUUAUACGAAAAUUUGAACUGACUUUUACAAUCACCGUAUAUUCCAACGGAUUACAACAGCGAAAAGUCAAAGUCGCGAAACGAUCAAUUCACUAUAAAAUUUACUUUAAUUUUAAUCGGUUCACGACUGAGAUCACGUGAACUGAAUUGCACCCGAACACCAGUUCUUAUGUGAUUGAGAUUUAACAUGAUAAAUUAUUUGCGAAUUUCAAUAAAAGCGGAGAAAUCUCUUUCGUUUGGGGCUCAGUGUGCAAUUUUUUCAGCUACAUGUUCCAAAUGCUCUGUUAGAGCAUACACAUGUGUUGAAUAUGAAGAUGCUGAAUUGAUCAAAAUUCAUAGUGAAGCAGGUUGAACCAAUCUUUUUUAAUCCAUUUGUGAGGCAGAAACGAUAUGAUCCAGAGAAGCUGUCAAAUAUUUACUUCUUUUUUAGAGUAACAAUCAAAUUUUUGGGGAUUAGCUAGGCAAAUCUAUCUGACAGAAAAAAAUCUAUCGUUUUUCUUCCAGUCCAAUCACUCAACAGACAAAUUUCAUAAAAUGAAAUAUUAAUUGAUGCAAAAUUAAUGAAAUACAACUCGUCAUACUAUAUUUAAAGAAUGACGAUAAUUAGUAUUAAUCUGUAAUUAUCUAUAUUUAGCACAACCAAUUUGCAGGAACAAGUCCAUAUGAACAUUAUUUACAGUAAUUUUUUAUGGUAAAAUUAUUAGGUUGGCCAUAUAACUAUGAAUUAAACGUUGAAGACCUCGCUCUGAUAAUCAAAAUUAUUGGGACGUCUAUAACUGAAAACUACGCACAAAGUCACCUUGCAUUUACGAACUAAAAAGUAAUGUAUGAACAUAUUUUAAGCCAAACGUUGAGCAGCAAUAUGUUCAAUAAUAUCUUCCACAGAAAAAUAUGGAUGAAUGACACACAUGCAGACUGGAAAAAAAAUUUCUUUAGAGUAUUUUUGGGUGCCGACAGAAGGCGAGACGUAAAUAUUUUUCGUUGAAGGCGAG